AUGCCUGAGAAGGCCCCAGCUGGUCAGCUUCCUCGCUCUGUGGACAUUGUUCUGGAUGAUGACCUGGUGGACAGGGUGAAGCCUGGGGACCGAAUCCAGGUUGUUGGGACUUACCGCUGUCUGCCCGGGAAGAAGGGGGGCUACACAUCAGGGACAUUCAGAACCAUUUUGAUCGCCUGCCAUGUGAAGCAGAUGAGCAAAGAAGUUCGGCCUCUCUACUCUGCCUCUGAUGUAGCCAAGAUCAAGAGAUUUAGCAAAAGUCGCUCAAAGGAUGUCUUUGACCAGCUGUCGAGGUCUCUGGCCCCCAGUAUCCACGGGCAUGAGUAUAUCAAGAAGGCGAUUCUCUGCAUGCUGCUCGGAGGGGUGGAGAAGGUCCUGGAGAAUGGGAGUCGCAUCCGAGGAGACAUCAACAUCCUGCUGAUAGGAGACCCUUCGGUCGCCAAGUCUCAGCUGCUGCGUUAUGUGCUCUCCACAGCCCCCCGGGCCAUCCCGACCACCGGCAGGGGCUCCUCCGGGGUUGGUCUGACUGCUGCCGUCACCACGGACCAAGAAACCGGUGAACGCCGCUUGGAAGCGGGAGCCAUGGUCCUGGCUGACCGGGGCGUGGUCUGCAUUGAUGAGUUCGACAAGAUGUCUGACAUUGACCGCACGGCCAUCCAUGAGGUGAUGGAGCAGGGCCGCGUGACCAUUGCCAAGGCAGGCAUCCAUGCCAGGCUCAAUGCCCGCUGCAGCGUGCUGGCUGCAGCCAAUCCUGUCUACGGCAGGUACGAUCAGUACAAAACUCCCAUGGAGAACAUCGGCCUUCAAGACUCCUUGCUUUCCCGAUUCGAUCUGCUCUUCAUCGUCUUGGAUCAGAUGGACCCAGAGCAUGACAGGGAGAUCUCAGACCACGUCCUCCGAAUGCACCGGUACCGAGGACCUGGCGAGCAGGAUGGGGAUGCCAUGCCCCUGGGCAGCGCAAUAGAGAUCCUGGCUACGGAUGAUCCUAAUGUGGUGCAGGAGGAGGACCAGGAGCUACAAGUGUAUGAGAAACACGACAACCUUCUGCAUGGCCCCAAGAGGCACAAAGAGAAGAUAGUUAGCAUGGAGUUCAUGAGAAAAUACAUCCACGUGGCCAAAAUCAUCAAGCCGGUGUUGACCCAAGAGUCAGCGAAUUACAUAGCAGAGGAGUACUCCCGUCUCCGCAGCCAGGACCAGAUGAGCUCCGACAUCGCCAGGACCUCCCCUGUCACGGCCCGUACGCUGGAGACGCUGAUCAGACUUUCCACGGCCCACGCAAAAGCCAGGAUGAACAAAACAAUCGACCUGCAGGACGCGGAAGCUGCUGUAGAACUGGUGCAGUUCGCCUACUUCAAAAAGGUGCUGGAGAAAGAAAAGAAACGCAAGAAGCAGGCGGAGGAUGAUACAGAGACUGAAGAGGAAGAGGAACCAGAGGGUGGCGAGAGAAGGAAAAAGAGGAAGAAGGCACGCCCUGGGGAUCAGGAAGCCAAGGAGGGGGAGUCUUAUGACCCCUAUGACUUCAGUGACACGGAAGAGGAAAUGCCGGAAGUCCAGGCACAUACCCCAAAGACCCCUGAACCUGCAGAGACUGGAGGGAGCAAAAAGACCGAGUUGGCUGACUCAAGGCUGAAAGCUUUCAAGGCUGGUCUCCUGGAGGUGUUCAGAGCUGCCCAUGCACAGUCUGUGGGUCUGAAGAGCCUGAUGGAGUCCAUCAACCGGGACAACCCUGACCCCUUCUCGGCAGCUGAGGUCAAGGUGGCAUUGGAGCGCAUGCAAGACGAUAAUCAGAUCAUGAUGUCUGAUGACAUCAUCUUCUUAAUCUGA